CGAUAUAAAAGAGCGCGCGCCUGUUUCUCCUCAUAUUCUUGCGCGUUUCAAAGUUAGUAACUGUGUACUUUGAAAACACGAAAGAAAAGAGCACAAAGAAAUAUUUUCAAAGUGCCCAAGUCGAUACGAAUUGGUUCGUAAAAAAUUCUUUAAGCGGUGCGUCAUUAAGAUAAUACGAAGCGUGUUAUCAUAACGGUGAUUAUCUGUUGGAAGAAUUUUAAUAAGAUCGCUCGUUUUCCGAAAAUAAAUAUGUUACGGAUAUUUUUAAUCGUUAUUAUCGCGAAUGCGGCGAUGGCGCAGGUGCCAUUUUUGGGUAACUGUCCAAACUUGGAAGCAAUGCAAAAUUUCGAACUCGAUAGAUAUUUGGGCAAAUGGUACGAAGUCGAGAGGUACUUCGCGUGGUUUGAAUUUGGUGGAAAAUGUGUGACAGCUAAUUACAGUCUGAGUGAAAAUGCAUCGGUGCAGAUCGUCAACAAACAAAUUUCUUCACUAACUGGAGUUGCAACGAGUAUCGAGGGCGUCGGAAGGUUAAUUGGCAGAUCCGACGAUCCUAAAUUGUCCGUCACUUUUCCAUCCUUGCCACUGCCGUUCGAUGCACCUUAUUGGGUUCUAGACACGGACUACAAAUCAUAUGCCGUAGUAUGGAGCUGUACAAAUCUCGGAGUCCUCAAUGUACGAAACGUUUGGAUUUUGACGCGAGAGCCAAAACCGCCAGUCCCAGUGGUAGAAAAGGCUUAUCAAGUUAUCGACAAGAACAACAUCAGCAGAGCAUACUUUAUUCGUACAGAUCAGAAAAAUUGCCCGGCUACGCAUUAAGGAUGACCGAUGGAUCUCUACAGAAAUCUACUCGGGGAAAAAUGUAUUUUUGUUUUGCGAUGCUUUAUGCACGAUUCCUUGAAUUGCGAAUAAGAAUAUUUAUUGCCAGCAAAUGCUGGCUUUGCUGACGAUUGCGCAAGUAUUAUGAUUGUGUAACGAGUAUUGUGAAAUGCACUUGAAUUAAUAGGAUUGUUGUGAAUAUUUAUUUAUCUUGCACUCGAAGCACAAAAUACUGCGUAGUUACAAUGUUAAAAAGUUGUAUUUUUCGCUCGUUCUGUCUCUUUCUUAUAUGACUGUGAUUUUUAAUGCAAUUUACCUGAAAAAUUGAACAUACUGUUUCGUGAUAAUGAAAUUUAACUUAAAUUAAACUUUAAUCCAAUUUAAUUUAAAAACAAUUAAAAAUUUAUAAUUUAAAGGAUUCCGAAUCUUUAUUAUAUUAGUACGCGUCAUUAUGAAUACGUAAUGAGCAUAAUCAUGUAUAAUUGCAUUGAUAACACUUUGAUCGCGAGAUACGAGUUAAUUUGUAUAUGAUAAUUGACAUAGAAAACAAAAAAUAAAAGAAUAUUUAUAAAAUAAAAAUAUAGUAUAUACUUCAGUAUAAAUUAAAAAUGUUAUAAAAUACUAUUCUUAUAAAAAUUUGUGUCCAAGAUUGCUUUGUUGGGCAAGAAUUAAAAAAUAAAUGUUUAUUUUAUGUUAAAAA